UGUAUUUUAUAUGUAAAAAAUAAAGCAUUUUUUUUGUUAUAUUUAAUGAUAAAUAAAUUUUUCAUUAACUAUUACUCGUUUAUUAUUAAACGACUAAUAAAUUUAUGACUGUUUCGAUAUGGAAGAAACUUUAGCUGCUCCUUGCAGCGAAAUAAUCGACGAUAUUGAGGAUUUAGUUUCAACUUUGAGUGUAAUUCCAAAAUCAAGAACUAAGAAUAAAAAGCCCAAACCAGAAAAAAAAGUUCCUGUAGAGUCUGAACCUAUCGAGAAAGCUGUCGGAGAUAAUAUUCCUGGAACCCAGUGCAUUUAUGUUAAGACUUGGGGAUGCGCUCAUAAUAGUUCUGAUUCGGAAUACAUGGCUGGUCAACUGGCUGAAUAUGGUUAUAGAAUAACAACAGAGGAUAAGGAAAUAGCUGAUCUUUGGCUUUUGAAUAGUUGUACCGUCAAGAAUCCAGCUGAAGAUCAUUUUCGAAACGAGAUAAAUGCUGCAAAGAAGUUGGGGAAGCAUAUCAUCGUCUCUGGUUGUGUGCCACAAGGUGCACCAAAAACGAAUUUUAUUCAGGGACUCAGUAUUAUUGGGGUACAACAAAUUGAUCGAAUUGUCGAAGCUGUGGAAGAAACUCUCAAAGGGAACACAGUUGUGAUGUUGGGUACAAAAAAACAAGCAGGUAAAAAAAUGGGUGGUGCUUCAUUGUUACUACCGAAAAUCAGAAGAAAUCCUUUAAUUGAAAUAAUUGCUAUCAAUACUGGAUGUUUGAAUGAGUGUACUUAUUGUAAAACAAAGCAUGCAAGAGGUAAUUUGGGUAGUUAUCCACCUGAAGAAAUAGUAGCAAGGGCUAAGCAAGCUUUUGAAGAAGGUGUAGUAGAGAUUUGGCUAACUUCUGAAGAUACAGGCACUUACGGAAGGGACAUUGGCACUUCUUUGCCAGAACUUUUAUGGAAAUUAGUGGAGGUGAUUCCUGAUGGUUGCAGAUUAAGACUUGGUAUGACGAAUCCUCCCUAUAUUCUUGAACAUCUUCAAGAGAUCUCAAAGAUUAUGAUGCACCCAAAGGUGUAUGCAUUUCUUCAUGUGCCUGUACAGUCAGGCAGCGACCAAGUGCUGGCAGACAUGAAAAGACAGUACUGUAGGGCCGAUUUCGAGCAUAUAGUCAAUUUUUUGAAACAAAAGGUGCCCGGAAUCACCAUAGCCACAGAUAUAAUUUGUGGAUUCCCAACAGAAACGGAAGAAAAUUUCGAGGAAACCAUGAGUCUCUGCGAAAAAUACAAAUUUCCAAGUUUGUUCAUCAACCAGUUCUAUCCGAGACCGGGAACUCCAGCCGCUAAAAUGCCGAGGAUACCGGCUCAAGACGUCAAAGAGCGUACCAAAAGAUUGACCAACCUGUUCAACAGCUACGAACCCUACGGUCAUAACGUGGGAAAAAUACAAGAGAUCCUGGUCACGGAAAUAUCCCACGAUAAGAAACACUACGUGGGUCACAACAAGUUCUACGAGCAGGUUUUGAUCCCUCUGGAAGAACGAUACAUGGGUAAACUGGUCACUGUGGAGAUCAAGGAAUGUUCUAAAUUCUCCAUGAAGGCGGAACCGACCAAUCUGAGACCGGCAGGAAUCGCAAAACCUCUGAUGAAGGGGGAGGUAUCGGGGGUCCAAAUCUCGAAUUCCAUCAAUAAAUGGACCGUUUCUGCUGUUGGAAUCAUUUUGUUGAUGGUAGCCCUGAGGUUAUUCAUCAUUUUCCAGAAAUAUCUUCCUGAGAGUUUACAAUUUUGACAUGUUAUCAUACUGAAACAUGAGUUUAAUAAAAAAGUGACGAUACAACUUUAA